AUGCCGAAUGAUGAAAGCUCUCGUGCCCGUAAGUCAAUUGGAAACCCGUUCGUGAAACGCGAGAACCAGGAAUGGACGGUUUCUUUGCAUCGGUCGAUGAUUCGGAGCGUCUCACCACCACCAACUCGAGGGAGGAAACGCCGAUAUGAAGCCCUAUGCCCCCAUAGUGUCGGCGAAGAAGCUGGUAUAAAGCCCGAAGAUCCACCAUCUAGCGAACAAAAUAUCGAUAUUGCGGCUAUAGAGGCCGGGCAGGAGGUUGUCAAAGACCAUCUUGAGAUAUUCUCCGCGCGACUCCGGGCUUCGACGCGGCCUGAACUACCACUGGUUCCCCGGCUCGGCCACGGGGCAUGGAGGGAUCUGUAUCAGAGGAACCAGCAUGAAGAUGGCAGACAUUUUGUUGUCCAUCAACAUGACCAUCCCAUUGCCGGGCCGCACUAUGACCUGAGACUGCAGUUUUCACGAACAAGCUCACUGAGUUUCGCCAUCAUGUACGGACUGCCUGGAAACCCAAACAGCAAAAGGCUGAGUAGGAAUGCAACUGAGACAAGGGUGCAUAACGUCUGGAACCACUUGAUUGAAUCUGCAUCUACCAUGUCAGGGAGCAUGAUUAUCUGGGACACUGGCGAAUAUUCUGUACUCUCGUACUACACUGGAGACACAAUGUUACAUACUGAUAAAUCUGACGCGAGCUGCUCAACAGAGGAUCGGGUCACAGAAAGCGAAAAACUUCGACGAGCAUUUCGCCAGCGGAAAAUUCGCCUAAGGCUGCAUGGCGCUCGGCUGCCACCAAACUAUACUGUAACUCUACGGCUUCCAAGGGAGAAUGAUGCAUCAACACAGCCAAGGAGGCCGUCAAGAAGAAUGCGUAGGCAAUUAAUACAUCAGAAGAGAGGUGACCCUACUACAUCAAGCUCCUCGCCGGAAAGGGAAGAUGAGCGAGCAAGAGCAGAUGAGCCAUCUCCCGGCAAAAAUUCUUCGCCUAAUAUCUCACCCUCACAUUCAGAUCAGGAAGAUGAGGUUAUCCGGCAAACCAACGCCUACACGGGCGCAACGAAUUCAAUUUCUUCCAUACAUCAACGAAAAUGGUACAUGACUUUAGAUCGUAUCAAUUCAGGGUUUGAGAAGCAUGUCGAUGGCACUACCCGAACGUCACAUUGGGCUAAAAAGGAAGUAGCUGUCCCUGGGAAUGAAGCGGCUAGUCCCUUGGGAUUCGAGCCAUUUUAUGUCCGUGGACCAGAUUAUGAACGUAGCAUCCUCACAGGCAGUGAAUCUCCAUCAUUAGCCAUGGCAGCCCAGCAAACACCAGCAACCAGUGAAGCACCGUGGCAUUCCGCAUUCCCUGCCCCUAAAGCUACUGUUGGGGCUGUUAGCCGCUCAGAAGUUCUUGAAUGGAUAUCGAAAAACGAGAAGCCACUCGAUUAUGUGCUUGUAGAUGUACGCCGAGUGGAUCAUGAGGGAGGGACGAUAUCUGGCUCCCUUAAUCUACCAGCUCAGAGCUUCUAUGCAUCGCGUCCUACGCUGUACAGCCUUCUAAAGCAGGCCGGUGUAAAGAAGGCAGUCUUCUACUGUGGCUCAUGCAACGGUCGAGGACCCCGUGCUGCUGGUUGGUUUGCCGACUACCUUCAGGAACGCGGGGAGAAUGAUAUGCAAAGCCUGAUUCUCGAGGGGGGUAUUAAGGGAUGGGUAAAGGCUGGGGAUGAGUAUGUGUCACGCAUGGAUGGUUAUGAUGCUGCUGCUUGGAAGUCAUGA